CCACGAGUCGCACGCGGCGUCAGUACCACCUCGACGGUUAACAGAUUCGAACGUGUUUUGUUUGCUUAGUCAAAAAGAUUGGUUGCUGUUUUCCUUUUAGCCGGAUGAUGACUUAAGAAGAUUCCGGCCGCAAAUUUUUUUUUACGACAAAAGAAAUAAAAGCACGUUCACUAUGGCACGUCGACAGCAACAACAGCUCAUCAUUGGAUUACUACUCUUUUGUGUCAUCAUUGACGCAGUGCAAUCUCAAGAAUUGAAAAAUGGUACGGCCUGCAAGGAAGAAAUUCUUCAACUUGUUUGCGACUCGGAAUCCGAAGUCCUCGUUAUCCAUCGAGCUGUUUUCGACGGCCAAGAUACUGACGGAUGUGGAUUCUUUAUGCCGAUUAACAUUUCCUCAUUGCUACCAGCCACGUCAUCCGCAGCUCCUGAUUUGAAUCAAAAGAAUUUGACGGAACAAGAAGAUGAAGAGGAAGGCUUCGGUCGUAGGCAAUUAUUCUCUGUCCAAUCAACUGUCAACCGCCGAUGUAGCGGAUUUAACAACUGCACUGUGCAGUUGGAGAACGAUGAACCACAGGCGAAACAGUGGGGCAAUGGCAAACUUCAAGUUCUCUACAAUUGUAUCCCAGCCAUGUCUGCAAAGUACAGCUGUAAAGCCAUCAUCGAGAUCGUCACUCCCGAGAUGUCGUCCAGUCCAAAUAAUUUGAUGGUCUCCGACGAAGCUUCGGAAAAAACAGCAGAAAUUGUUACAGAAAAACCUAAAUGGUAUCCUGGACCGAAGCAAGUCCACGGAUGGGGUUACCUCCAUAACGUAAAAUACCCGGAAUACUAUCGCGGAAAUGAUAAAGGAGAAGCAGUUGAUUGCCGUUGGACCAUCCGAGCCAAUCACGGACGUCGGGUUCGACUGACUUUAUUGGAUCUCUCCAUCAGAAGUGUGGUGCAGGGCGAACACGAAUGUCAAGAUGUUCUGACCGUGACGGAACAUUCACGUCUUUUACUCAACAAAUGUGGGGACGUCGAAGAACCUGUCGUUAUUGAAUCAUUUGCCGAUGAGGUUAACAUUACCCUAUCGGUCAAAUCAAAGUUCCAAUCGAAAAGGGGCUUAAUGGCCUACUUCACUGCUAUGGGUUGCCCAACGCCCAGGACUCCUAAACAAGGUCAUCUAGUUAGCGGAAGUAAUUCCUCGAGGGCGGAAUUUCUCUGCUCCGUCGAUCACGUGUUUCCCGAUACGGGUAUACGUUCGCGCAAUCUCACCUGUCUGAGUCAAGAAGGGCAUAGAUGGAACGAGGAUUUGCCGGAUUGCAUAGAUGUUAAACACUUUAAUAAUAAAUCGUCGUCAAUCCACCAUAUCAUUCGGGAUCAAAAAGUCAAUAAAAAUUCAACCGAACCGGAAGUUGGUGAAUUGACCAACUACAGUCUGACUUAUGAUUUGAUUGUGCCCACGUCGAUUAUUGCGGGACUUAUCUUUGGUAAUCUCCUCGUCUUGGCAGGGGUCAUCCAUUGUCGUCGACGCAACAGGAAAUUGGGCAGUCCAAAGGUCGAAAAUGGAACUGGUGGUGAUGUAGAAGAGUGUGUUCCGCUUCAGGAGACGCCUGGACCUAGUGAUGUUCCACAAAAUCGAGUUGGAACACCAGUUUGAUGUCAAAAACAAGUCAAUUUCAUUAUUUUUAACAAUAAUUCUCAUCAACAGGCCAAGAAAACAGUAAAGCUCAUCAAAUAUUUGACAAACGUAAAAAAAAAUACUCCCUUUUAAAAGCUAAUUGUAUUAUGUUUCUCCUUUUUUCUAAAAAAUUUCGGCUUUGAUGUUUCGUGUCAUGUCUCACCUGCCGCUCUCUUCUUGCCGUGCAAUUCGUUUUCUUGUCAACUUUUUGUUGUUCUCUAACAAGUGUCGCUUUUAUCCAUCAUGAAAUCACCAAAAAUUUCGCAAAUUAUAAUUUGAAUUGCAUUAUCAGUGUCCUAAUACAUAAAAAAAAAAACUAAAA